AUGGCGGCACCCCAAUCACCCCAGUCGAUCUUGAAAGACGCAUUUCAGCGUCUGAGGGAUUCCGUGACUCCCUCCGACGCUCUUCGGUUUGACACGACCGAGCUCAAGGAUGUCUGGGAUGCCGCGGAGGAAAUCCAGAAGUCUCAACGGGAACGGCAGUCUCUCCGGGCACUCGGCCGCAUCAAACCGCUGCUGGACAACCUGGAAAGGUACUCCAGGGUCAUUGAAGUCCUUUGCAACGGCACUCCUUAUCUUCCAUGGAUCUGGGCUCCCAUCAAGUUAAUGGUGCAAUUGGCGAGCAACCACAUCAAGAUCUUCGAAAUGCUACUCGAUGCUUAUUCCCAGAUUGCAUGGGCAAUGCCCCAUUUUGACCGGUUACGAGGCGCCUUCUCUGACGACGAGAACUUCAAAGUCAUUAUGGCCAUGAUCUACUCGGACAUCCUUGAGUUUCAUCAGCGUGCCUAUAAGUUCUUCCGACGCAAAGCAUGGUACAAGCUGUUCGAAUCGUCCUGGAAAUCAUUCGAGGGUCGCUUUGGCGGCAUCCUUGCCAACUUGUCCAAGCACAAGGACAUGCUGAUGAAGGAGGCUAUAGCCAUUGACAUCGUGGAAGCUCGGAGGUGGAGGGCACGUGCGGCCGAGGAGCUUGAUAAGAAGGAAAAGGAACGUGAUCAGAUAUACAUCAGCGAUACUCUGGCCUGGUUGAAUGUCCACCAAGAGGACCAGGACGACGAACUUCACCGCCUUCUAAACAGGAGACAGUCGGGAACGUGUCAUUGGGUCUUCAGGCACCCCAAGUUCAUCAGCUGGAAGGACGACACCCGUGCUGACCGAGUCCUUUGGAUGAAUGGCAUCCCUGGAGCAGGCAAGACCAUUCUGUGUUCCUAUAUCAUCGAGAAGCUCCAGCAUGAGUCCCAAACAACGACUGCCUAUGUAAUCUGCAACAGCUAUACUCAAGGCAAGAAUAUCGUGUCCGAGAAUCUGCGAAGCCUGGCUGCCCAACUGUUGCGGGCGAAUCGAGACCUGGUACCGCACGCAUUUGACAACUACGCCAACAAGUCGUUGCCGCCAUCAAUCACCCACGUGAAAAAGUUGAUUCUGGACCUUUUGAACAUAAUUCAGGAGACUCGUAUCUUCAUCGAUGGCCUAGACGAAUACUCCAUCUCCCAACAACGAUCGAUGCUGACCGAGAUCUUACCGUUUGCAAAAGUCAGCGGAGGGGAGUGCAAGAUCAUCAUCUCGUCUCGAAAUGUUCCUGACAUUUCUAACAAGUUGAAGAACAGACCGCUGAUCUCAUUGAGGGACGAAUACUCGGGUGUCGAGGGAGAUAUACAGAAUUAUCUGAAUGAGAAGCUGCAAGAGCUGAGAGAGAGGUUCGAGGGCAAAGAUAGGGAGACGAAAGAUAUCCUUGACCUGGUCACAUUGAAGGCCGACGGCAUGUUUCUCUGGGUCCGCCUGAUCCUGAAGGAACUCGAAUCGUGCUACAGUAUGGCGGAGCUCAGGAAGACUGCCGAGGAACUGCCCAAGGGCAUCGAAGAGGCGUAUGGUCGGGUCCUUCGACGUGUCACCGAGGAGAUGAACCCCAAAGAUUAUGCAAAGGCCAUCCGUAUCCUAGAGUGGCUUGCCUGCUCCUGUCGGCUCAUGAAAAUGUGCGAGGUGCAGGACGGGAUCGUCUUCGACGCUGACAAUCUGGUGCUGGACGAUGAAACAAAGCUUUCUCCCGACGUGUUAGAUAUCUGCAAACCGCUCAUCGAAGAGGGCCCCAACAAGACCAUCGACUUUGUGCAUUACUCGGCCAAAGAAUACAUCCUGGACAGAGUCAGUGGACCUUUACUGCAAGAAGCCCGGGCGCAUUACAACAUCGCCUUCUCGUGCAUCACGUACUUGAACACGGCCGUCUGCUUUCUCCCACCCGAUUCAUCCGCCGAGGAUGCUGUGUUGACACGAGUUGCCAAAGGCUUCCAUGGCUUGCACAACUACGCGAACGAGUACUGGUUUCAACAUUUACUCCAAUGUGCCCAGGAUCUGGUCGAUUUAGACGCCAGCGGAGUUAUGGACGCGGCUCUCCGUACGCUUCGGGACGGAUACUGGAAAGGCAGGCCGGGCCAUACAGCUGAGAGUCUCAAAUUGGACGACACCACGACUGCGAAUGAGAUCUACGAGCAACUCACGAUAUUCCGCGACCUCGACCAUGUCCGACAGAUGGGAACUGACAUGCAAACCUUUCGGGCACAUUUGGUCCAGGAGAGACACGCGCAUGAGAUGGCAGCCAAACAUCACGCCUACGAGCUGAAGCACGACCCUACCCAUUUCAGCCAGAUUAGCCACCGGUACCAAGAAGUGGUUCUCUCCCUUUUGACUUGUCAGCUUGACGAUGUGCCGUCAAGCGUCGACCAGAAAACACUCGUCGAGUUCAGAAAGGUGUAUGGAGAGUCUGAGUUUACCUGUCGUUUCCAUGAUUGCCCCUUCCACUCGGAUGGCUUUCACACCAUCCAGGCCCGGAACGACCACGAACUGAGCCACGUCAAGACGCUUCGGUGUGCCGAUCCGACCUGCGAGUUCUUCGCCCGAGGCUUCUCCAGUAAGACCGGGCUGCUGAAGCACAAUCGCAAAUACCACCCCAGUCCGGACGAGGCGCAGCUGCCGGAUUUUGUGCCGAUCCACGUCCGGCCUCAGAGUCAAGGGAAUGGCGUACGCCAAUCCCGAAAGUGCGGCAGAAAAGAGGCAGACGGGGCCUUCGUGUCCAUGACUGUCAUUGUGGCAAGGUAUUCAUGA